AUGGUAAAGAACGGCGCCAAUGCCAGCGCCACUGACGGAGCCGGAUACUCAGCGUUCGGCAGGGCCGUUGUUGAAGGGCAUGUGGAUGUCGUUCGAUAUCUAGCGGAAGAAUGCAAUGUGAACGCCAAAGCCAAAUGCGGGGCGGAUCUACUCGAACAAAUCGCUGCUGGAGGGCAUCUCGAUUGUAUCCAGUAUCUUGUAGAUGAAUGGGGCGUCGACGUGAAGGACCGAUCUACUAGUAUGCGCAUGCUGGAGGCCGCUGUCGGAUCCAUUGAUGUCGUUCGGUAUCUCGUUGGAGACUGCGGUAUUAAUGUGAGUGGCGACACUGCAUAUGCCGUACUAACAAAGGCCGGCGCCGAAGGACGUAUCGAUGUCACCCGCUAUCUAGCUGGAGAGUGCGGGGCAGAUGUGAACGCCCGAGACAGUCGUGGAAUUACAGCUCUGAUGGCGGCCGCGGGCCGAGGACAAAUCAGUGUCGUUCGUCAUCUGAUGGGGAGUGCCGGGCUGAUGUCCACGCAGCGACUGGGAACGGGUUCACAGCACUCAUGGAAGCCGCAGCAGGAGGCCAUAUCGAUGCCGUCCGCUAUCUAG